CAAAACAGCCUAAACGCGGGAAGAAGUGAAAAUUCAGGGGAAGCUAUGGCGGGAAGUUCGCUAUCCAGUCUUUCCAAUCCAGUAUAUAAAUUACUUCCUCGUCUUCUUCUUCUCCUCUGUUCUCACAUCUUCAAUUUCGUACUUUUAUUUAGUUUUCUUUUUGGGCAAUUUGUAUGGGAAUGGGAAAGUCAAGGAAAACUAGGGUUUCCAAACAGAAGUUGGAAGAAGAACAAGAAGAGGAACAGGUUUCAGAAGAUGAGCAGAAAACGAACGCUUCUUCGUCAACUCAAAAGAGCCUCUACGAGAUUCUCGGUGUGGAGAGCACCGCCUCCCAACAGGAGAUAAAGAAAGCAUACUACAAAUUGGCUUUACGCUUGCAUCCAGAUAAGAAUCCUGGUGACGAGGAAGCUAAGGAAAAAUUUCAGCAACUUCAAAAGGUUAUAUCGAUUCUUGGCGAUGAAGAGAAAAGGGCACUUUAUGACCAGACUGGCUGUGUUGAUGAUGCCGACCUUGCAGGCGAUGUUGGGCAGAAUCUGAAGGAUUUCUUCCAGACACUGUAUAAAAAGGUCACUGAAGCUGAUAUAGAAGAGUUCGAAGCAAAUUACAGAGGCUCUGACUCUGAGAAAAAGGAUUUGAUUGAUCUGUACCAGAUGCACAAGGGUAACAUGAAUAGAGUCUUCUGUUACAUGCUCUGCUCGGAUCCAAAGCUGGACUCACAUAGGUUCAAGGAUAUUCUUGAUGAGGCGAUAGCUGAAGGAGUUCUGAAAUCGACCAAGGCAUAUGGUAAAUGGGCUAAGCAAGUUUCUGAAACAAAACCACCUACCAGUCCUCUACGCAGAAGGCGCAAGUGAGUAACUUUUGUUAGAUUUCUCUUCUCUGAUAUCCGUUUCCAUCCAAUCCUGGAAUCAGCCAUUCUGUAAUAUUCAACCUUAUUUGCAGAGCAAAGGAAGACGAAAAUUCUUUGGUUGCUAUGAUCUCACAGCGAAAAAAUGAGAGGAAAUCUCAGAUGGAGUCUAUGCUCUCAACUCUAGCUAGCAAAUAUGGAGGUGGUUCAGUUUCUGAGCCUAGUGAAGAAGAAUUUGAAGCUGCUCGCAGAAAACUUGAAAGCAGAAAGACUUCCAAGAGGAAAUGAUUCUAUUCCGAAUCAUCAUAUAUGCAAGGAACUCUCCUCUCUCUGAGAAUCUAGGCUGAAAACAUGGUGUCAUUCGAUGAUUUUCCGCUUCAUAAACAUUUGCCCCUGUUAUGUAUAUUCUCUUUUUAAAUACCUUGGUGAUUGAAUCCGGACGCAACUGUUUUCCUUUAAUCGCUGGAUGCAUUUCUGGUGAUAUUGCUUCCUGUUUGAUCAUGACCAACUUACUCAAAAUGAAUGACACUGCUGCAUUUGUUCAUUUGUGGGAACUGCAGUUUAUCAUUGGUAGCUGAAAUGUGGAAGGUAUUUUGGGGGCAUAUUUAGGGCGGUUAAUUUACUUGAUUUGGAAGAAAAGUCUCUCAUAGUCAAGUGAGUCAUCUACGCUGUAAGCGCGGAUGGAAAUAAUAAGAAGGAAAGAAAAAGAAUGAUCAGUACACAUCGAAUUCAUUUCUCAGUCAAAUCAUAUUAUAGCAAAAAGGGGUCAUUUCACCUAUUAUUAGUUGGUUUUGAAAAUGAAUGUUCAAAUAAUUCAAGAGUACUUACUAUAUAACAUUGUACUUCUUGUGUCCAAACUAUGGACAAUGUAGAAUGGGACUCGAUAAACUUACUUAUGUAACUGUACUCCCUUGGAAGUAAAUGACCAC